AUGUUCGCAAGUUUAAAAAGUAAAAUCAAAGAAGAAACUGGCAGUGAUAUAAGUAAAUUAACAAGUAGCUGGCGAAGUGGUGCUUUUUUAGGCAGAAUAACUCUCAGAGAUGAUUCAUCAACAACAACAAGUCCAUCCAGCUCUGGCGGGCCAGGUGAUUCUACAUCAGAUUCUAUAUCACCACAAUUGCAUACAUACUUGGCCGAUCGGACAGGAGCUACAGUGGAUCAUGCAGCUUUACAUCAGCAAUAUACAGAGCAGUUGGAAGCACAACUUAGAGAAAAAGACUUGUAUUGGGAACAGAAGAUUGAGGAGAUGAAAUUAUCUUUGGCAACUGUACAAGGCGAAGAAGCUUUAGCAGCACAAGCAGUAGCUCGAACAGCUCAGGCUGAAGCAGUGAAAGCAAUUAGUGUGAAAGAUGCCAUGGAAAAACAACUAGCUGAAUACAGAACACGACUAGCGGCAGCUGAGAGCGCACAGGACAAACUGGAUGUACUCUCAGAAGAAGUGGAGCAAAGUCGUCGUGAAUGGUCACGGACGCGUGCGGAACUGUCAGCGGCACUUAGUGCUGCGGAUGCACGGGCGCGAGACCUGGCAGACCAACUGGCGGUCGUUAAGGCUGCUCUGCCUGUGGGGCACGAAAUGCAUCAUAUGCACGACGACGAUAAACGCGAAUUUAAACCUACCGGCUGCGAGGAUUACGACCGAGUUUGCCGCGAGAGGGCAGUGUUGACGCGACAACUACAGGAGGCCAAGAUGGCGCUCGCUGAUGUCAAGACGUCAUGGAGCGGACAGAUCGCCGCGCUAGAGACACAGGUGGCAAGAGUAUCAAGACAGGCGGGAGAAGAGGGUGCGGAGAGACGGAGAAUUGAAGUAGAAAAAAAGGAAUUACGCGAGAAACUUGAUAAUAUGGCAGCUGAACUUGAAAAAACUAAACAGAAUCUCGCCAACAGUGAAGCUAAGGUGAGCCGGCUGAGUGCAGAGGUCCAAAGUCAGGCAAAGGAACUGAAAACACUGAGGGCCGCCGACAUAACAACUGAGUUGGAAAAUCGAAUAAGAGUUUUGACCGAAGAAAACAAGGAAUUGUUAGAGGCUUUGGAGACUGAGCGGGGGCUGGUGAAGGUUCUAGAAGCUAACCUGGAAGAAUCAAACAGAAUGUGUGACGAGAACAAGGAAGAGCUGGCACAUCUUAACACUGCAAUGACGGACAUGCAACACGACUACAUAGACUUACAGAGGAAAUAUGAAAAAGAGAGGCGAGAAAAAGACGAGGCGUUAUUAAGAAAUGCUCACAUGUCACAAAACAUUGAGAUGAGUCAAUGUAAUGUACGGUACUUAGAAAAUGAAGUUGUCGACCUAAAGGCCAAGAUUACUGAGGUCGAGAGCGUUGUUGCACAACAUAGAGAGAACCAAGCCGAGUGUUUGAUAAUAAAAGAAAACGAAAAAGCGAGAACCAAAGAAAUCGAAGAUCUUCAGAAGAGAAUUGAGGCUUUUACGGAAAGCGAAAAUUCUCUUAAGAAAAGCAUACAAGACUUAGAAACCGAAAUCUGUGAUAAAAAUAAGAAAAUUAAGACUUUAGAUAAUCGAAUAUCGGACAUGAAGAAAACCCUACAGAGAGAGUUACAAAGCAGUAAAACGGAUCUUACAUCAGCGGAAGAACAGGAUAUUAGCAGACGAUACUUGAAGCACGUGGUACUGCGAUUCCUAACAUCCCGAGAGUUGGAGGCGCGCCAGUUGACUCGAGCGUUGUCUACGUUACUGAGGCUGUCCGCUCACGAGGAGGCUUUACUCCGGGCAGCUCUGCCCGCUCGUACUGGCCUCGCCGCCUGGUUCCCAUCACUCAACGCAUGA